CCCGGUGUGCAGCCAACAUGGGCAACGCCGGGAGCAUGGAUUCACAGCAAACCGAUUUCAGGGCGCACAACGUGCCUUUGAAGCUGCCGAUGCCCGAGCCAGGUGAACUGGAGGAGCGAUUUGCCAUCGUGCUGAAUGCUAUGAACCUACCCCCUGACAAAGCCAGAUUACUGCGGCAAUAUGACAAUGAGAAGAAGUGGGAACUGAUUUGUGAUCAGGAACGAUUCCAGGUGAAGAACCCUCCCCAUACUUAUAUUCAAAAGCUCAAAGGCUAUCUGGAUCCAGCUGUAACCCGGAAGAAAUUCAGACGGCGUGUUCAAGAGUCCACCCAAGUGCUAAGAGAACUGGAAAUUUCUUUAAGAACCAACCAUAUUGGAUGGGUCAGAGAGUUUCUGAAUGAAGAAAAUAAAGGUCUUGAUGUUCUAGUAGAAUAUCUGUCAUUUGCACAAUAUGCAGUAACUUUUGACUUUGAAAGUGUGGAAAGCACUGUGGAGAGCUCAGUGGACAAAUCAAAGCCCUGGAGUCGGUCCAUCGAGGACCUGCACAGAGGAAGCAACCUGCCUUCUCCCGUGGGCAACAGUGUAUCCCGCUCGGGAAGACAUCCUGCACUGCGAUAUAAUACUUUGCCAAGCAGAAGAACCCUGAAAAAUUCAAGAUUAGUGAGUAAGAAAGAUGACGUGCAUGUCUGUAUCAUGUGUUUACGUGCCAUCAUGAAUUAUCAGUAUGGUUUCAACAUGGUCAUGUCUCAUCCACAUGCUGUCAACGAGAUUGCACUAAGCUUGAACAACAAGAAUCCAAGAACAAAAGCUCUUGUCUUAGAGCUGUUGGCAGCCGUUUGUCUUGUCAGAGGCGGGCAUGAAAUCAUUUUAUCAGCAUUUGACAACUUUAAGGAGGUUUGUGGAGAAAAACAGCGCUUUGAGAAGUUGAUGGAACAUUUCAGAAAUGAGGACAAUAACAUAGAUUUUAUGGUGGCCUCUAUGCAGUUUAUUAAUAUUGUAGUCCAUUCAGUAGAAGACAUGAAUUUCAGAGUUCACCUCCAAUAUGAAUUUACCAAGUUAGGCCUGGAUGAAUACUUGGAUAAGCUGAAACAUACUGAGAGUGACAAGCUGCAGGUACAGAUUCAGGCUUACCUGGACAACGUGUUUGAUGUGGGAGCUCUGCUGGAAGACGCGGAAACCAAGAAUGCAGCUUUGGAGAGGGUGGAAGAACUGGAAGAAAACAUCUCUCAUUUGUCAGAAAAACUGCAAGACACAGAGAAUGAAGCCAUGUCCAAGAUCGUGGAACUGGAAAAGCAGCUCAUGCAGAGGAACAAGGAGCUGGAUGUUGUUCGGGAAAUCUACAAAGAUGCAAAUACCCAGGUUCACACAUUAAGGAAAAUGGUCAAAGAGAAAGAAGAAGCCAUUCAAAGACAGUCUACCCUAGAAAAAAAGAUUCAUGAGCUGGAGAAACAAGGGACCAUUAAAAUUCAGAAGAAAGGGGAUGGAGACAUCGCCAUCCUGCCGGUCGUGGCUUCUGGCACGUUGCCCACGGGGUCCGAAGUGGCGGUGGGUGACUUUGUGGGGCCAGUGACGGGGGCUGCCGCCUCGGGACCCUUGCCCCCUCCUCCCCCACCACUGCCUCUGUUGUCAGACACACCUGAAGCAGCGCGAAAUGGUCCAGCCACGCCGCCUAUGCCCCCUCCCCCACCUCCCCCUCCCCCUCCCCCUCCCCCGCCUCCCCCUCCGCCUCCUCUCCCGGGUCCUGCAGCUGAGACUGUGCCGGCUCCCCCUUUGCCCCCCCCUCCUCCCUCUGCACCCCCGCUGCCCGGGACGUCUUCACCCACAGUGGUGUUCAACUCAGGAUUAGCAGACGGGCCAAUCAAGCUUUUCUCUGUGAAAAUUAAGAAGCCAAUCAAGACGAAAUUCAGAAUGCCAGUUUUUAACUGGGUUGCCCUGAAGCCAAAUCAGAUCAAUGGCACAGUCUUCAACGAAAUUGAUGAUGAGCGAAUUCUGGAGGACUUAAAUGUAGAUGAAUUUGAAGAAAUAUUUAAGACAAAAGCCCAAGGUCCUGCCGUUGAUCUUUCUUCAAGCAAACAGAAGAUAACGCAGAAGGGGUCAAACAAAGUGACAUUACUAGAAGCAAAUAGGGCUAAAAAUCUUGCCAUAACUUUAAGGAAAGCUGGAAAGACCGCGGAUGAAAUAUGUAAAGCUAUUCAUGUAUUUGACUUGAAGACAUUGCCUGUAGACUUUGUAGAGUGUUUGAUGAGGUUCUUGCCAACUGAGAAUGAGGUGAAAGUGCUGCGGCUCUAUGAGCGGGAAAGGAAGCCCCUGGAAAACUUGUCAGAUGAAGACCGGUUCAUGAUGCAGUUCAGUAAAAUUGAGAGGCUCAUGCAGAAGAUGACCAUCAUGGCCUUCAUUGGGAACUUUGCCGAAAGUAUUCAGAUGCUGACUCCUCAACUGCACUCAAUUAUAGCAGCAUCUGUCUCUAUAAAGUCGUCCCAAAAACUCAAGAAAAUUCUGGAGAUCAUCUUGGCCCUUGGCAACUAUAUGAAUAGCAGUAAACGAGGAGCAGUUUAUGGAUUUAAACUUCAGAGUUUAGAUCUGCUCUUAGAUACAAAGUCAACGGACCGAAAGCAAACACUGUUGCACUAUAUAUCCAAUGUCGUGAAAGAAAAAUAUCACCAAGUGUCCCUAUUUUAUAAUGAGCUUCAUUACGUGGAGAAAGCUGCCUCAGUCUCCCUUGAGAAUGUUUUACUGGACGUCAAGGAGCUGCAGAGGGGCAUGGACUUGACCAAGAGGGAGUACACCAUGCAUGACCACAACACACUGCUGAAGGAGUUCAUCCUCAACAAUGAGGGAAAGCUGAAGAAGCUGCAGGAUGAUGCCAAGAUUGCACAGGAUGCCUUCGAUGAUGUGGUGAAGUAUUUUGGAGAAAACCCCAAGACGACACCACCCUCUGUCUUCUUUCCCGUCUUUGUCCGGUUUGUGAAAGCCUAUAAGCAAGCAGAAGAGGAAAACGAGCUGAGGAAAAAGCAGGAACAAGCGCUGAUGGAGAAACUCCUGGAGCAGGAAGCUCUGCUCGAGCAGCAGGACCCAAAGUCUCCUUCCCACAAAUCAAAGAGGCAGCAGCAAGAAUUAAUUGCGGAGUUAAGAAGGCGACAAGUUAAAGAUAAUAGACACGUAUACGAAGGAAAGGAUGGUGCCAUUGAAGAUAUUAUCACAGCUUUAAAGAAGAAUAAUAUCACUAAAUUUCCAAAUGUUCACUCGAGGGUAAGGAUUUCUUCUAGCACACCGGUGGUGGAGGAUACACAGAGCUGAUCUUAGAAACCAACCAUACAGACGAGCCGAUGCGGUGAGGAGAAGUGUCAGGCGGCGCUUUGAUGAUCAGAACUUGCGUUCUGUUAAUGGUGCCGAAAUAACCAUGUGAACCUGAGACCUGCCUGUAUGAAUAGAGGGUGUGUGUGAAUGAAACUGACCAUGUGAACUUUAUGUGCUAUCAUUUAACUGCAGCCUUGAACAUAGAUGAAAAUAUUCUAAGGGCUCAGAUUUAGCAAACACAUAGGAAUUUAAAAAUGAUGGGCUCUCCUUUCAACCUUUGUUAACAAGUGCCUAAAAGUGGAAGUACCUGCUCAGAUUAAUCAAAGCAAUAGGAUUUGAUUUGAUUAGGUAUCUUUUUACACCAGUGUGUUAUUCAAUUUUUUAACCAAAAUGUAAAAUUCAUAUUACAUUCAUUACCUGCCAUUGUGAUUGUCCCAUGAUGGCCCACCCUGGUUUCCUGAUAAGUUGUAAAUAACAUGGAUGCAUCUGCUGUGGGCUUCCUUUGCUGACAUGUCUUUUAAGGAGUUAAUUUUGUGUUUCAGCCAUACCCAUCAAUUGGUAUUUUUAAGGGCUUGCAACGUGGAAGAAGGAAAAAGUCACACGAUAAACUCCUUCUAUCCAUAACCAAGCCCCAGCAAAGUACAAACAUGUUAUUGCAGUGGCACAGAAUCAGUCAACUCUUGUUUCACAUUCUGCUUCUGUGCUGGGGUACGAUGCCCUAUGAGAGACAUUCAUUGGUAUGAAUGCGACGAUAUGAUGGCACACAGAUGUUGUAUAAGACUUUAUUUGCAGUACUGUGUUCUUCAGCUAGAGGCAGCUUUUAAAAAAUAAUGCAAAUGUUUAUUAAUUAGCACUAAAAUUAACAUCUCAGUAAUCAGUAUUAGGAUUUCUGAGGACCAUUUUGGGUCAAUCCUGAGAAUAGAAAUCAGUGCCUUGCUAGCCAGGGAGAGGUUCACUAGCUCUAGCAACAAGCAUUUAAGAUUACUUCUGCUAGCAGAGUAGUGUUAGAAUCCUGGCCUUAUUAUCCUGACAAUCGGCAGGGUUGGUUCCCCCUCCCCCCUUCUUUUUGUAGACUGGAGAUUUAUUUGGCAUCAUAUAUCAAAGCUAAAAAUUCUUGCAUUUCCAAGAUUACUUUAUGGGGGAUUGCAAUUAAAUUUCUGAAAUACAUCACGAUUAAGUUUAAGUGAUAUGUAAUGGGACUAAAUGGCCAACAAAGCCACUGCUAUUUUUCCUUCCUCUCUGGCAGGGCACUUGAUCCAUUCCAAAGUCAAAAACUGGACUGAAGCUAAUUUGUACUUUUCAUAAUAUACAUUCUGCUUCUGGCUUACCUUUUGGUACAUGACAUCAAUAUAUUAAUUGUAAAGUUUAUUGUAUAGUAUUUAACCACUGAAUUUCUUAUUUUGUUGUGCUUAUGUGAACUCUGGUGAAGGUCCCAUUUCCCUUGGAUAAUGUGUAGUUAUAUAUCUCUUUUUAAAUGUACAGAUAUUUUGCUAUAAGAUUGGUGCAGUUUUUUAUGGUUUUUACACUUCUCUUUAAUUCCCACCUAAGCCUCUGGGGUAAUAUUGUAAAUAUUGUUUAAAAAUGCAUCAGCCUAUGCUAUACAAUCUGAAUGUUAUUUUAACUUAUAGGUUUUUUUUUUUUUAAUAUAUAUUUAACUACAAGGACAGUUUAGGGAUCAGUUACUACAUUUUCACUUUAGCAUAUUUACAGAAAGGUUACUUUAAACUGCCACCUGCUAGCACAUUUUCAUAAUGUGUACAUUAAAAAAGAACAUGCCAAGAUUUUGUCUGACUCAACAUAACAUUCAUUUUGAUGAAAAAAGCAAUUUGACCAUAAAUACAACACAAAUAGGUGGUCCUUCACCACAAAGCAGCUGUUUUCCAAAGCUCAAUACUGAUGAACAUGUUAAAAUAAUUGCCUAUUUAUUAAUCUACAAAUAGACAAUAAUGUUGGCAUGCUCUUUUCUGUCUGUUAGUGGGCCUGCUUCUUAGCAAUAUUAGAAAUGUUUUAUAAAAGCAGUUCAUGUUACUUUUAUGGUCUUUUCAUGGCAUAUGAGCAAAUAAACUAUUUACACUACUAUCCUGUAAUAUGCUGCAGUCUUUCAAUGUUAUAUUUUAGGGGGUUUUAUGUACACUCUUAUCUUCUAGAAACAAACAGGUAUGUCUUGCUGCUUGAAUUCAUAAUCUAAAUAUACUUGGUAAAUUUUAAGAAAAACCCCUCCCCCUACAAACUCUGGAUCACUUGCUGUAUGGAAUGUAGGAACCAAAUAGAUUUUGAUAGUGUUGAGUAUUUUAGUGUUGAGAUUUAGUAUCUCCAAAAUCCUAGUUAUGAAUUUAUUACUUCCAGAGAAAUAGCACUCUGUUUUGGUGAGAUGUUGCGUCUCUCCACAUUUGUUGUAAUGAGGAUGUUUGUUGCAUAUACACAGGCUACACGUGGACUGCACAGAAGUACCAAGCAUCUGACCACAUUGGUUGGCCAGGUAAAUACAAGCCGUGUGAUCCACUGCACACACAUACUGGUAUUUGUAAUAACUCCAAGUUAUCAGAAAAGUUUAGUAUAUUCUUCUUAGUAUAUUCAUUUAGUAUUUUUUUUAGGGAAGCAAAGAAAUUUAUAAUUUAUUUUAGGAGACUGUCCAAGUGGUUAAAAACAACUUAUUUAGAGGGGCGUAAAUCAGUCUUUUAAGGAAUUAUUGUUGCAUUUAGGUCUUUGUUCCCAAUUCAGUGCUCUUUCCACUGCACCACAGUUACACAAUGUACAGGCAUGCCUUGUUUUAUGGUGUUUGCAGAUAAUUUUUUAUUUUUAAUAAAUUGAAGGUUUGUGGCAACCCUGUGUUAGAUGAUGGUUAGCGUUUUUAAGCAAUAAAUUAUUCCUUAAUUAAGGCAUGUAAUUGUUUUUUAGACAUGCUAUUGUACAUGUAAUAGACUAUAGACUACAGUACGGUGUAAACAUAACUUGUAUGCACAAAAAAACCAAACAUUUUGAGUGAUUCGCUUUAUUGUGAUAUCCCCAAGGUAGACUUAUAGUUGAAGCUUUAUUUUAUAAGAAGGGAAAAAAGUUAAAUUUUGCAGUUAGUAAGACUGCAAAAAUUGUUUUUUGUACCAGAAGUGCCUCAUGGUAAAGGAAGUAAGAUCUUUAAUAUGCUACAAAUUCAGAAUGUUUCAAACCCAAACUACAGAAAGGUCAAACGAAGUGGAUACGGUUGGGUUUGGACAUCUUUUAUCAGUUGCACCCCCCGUUUAUGUUUUUGAUUGCGUCGUGUGGCUCGUGGGAUCUUAGUUCCCCACCCAGGGAUUGUUUUAUGAACCCACGCCCCCUGCAGUGAAAAGCAUGGAGUCCUAACCACUGGAGAGUAAGGGAAUGCCCAGCACCCAUUUUAAAAGAUAUUUCCUAAUGACUCAGAGUUAAGUCCAUUUGUUUCCCUCUCCCAGUCUUUGUGACUAAAAAUAUAAAUCUUAACCCACUAAAAGUCACUGCAAUGACACUGCAAUGAAUGUCCGGUGACCCUGAUGACUCAACAAUGCUCAGUAGAUGACGGAACUUGAUAUCACUGACUUCGUUGGUUCAAGGUAUUGGAUUUUGUAGAAUUACCUAAUUUUACACUGUAAUACUUUCAUAAUAUUAGCUUUAUAAUUCACAUCUAUUAAUUUUAAAUUUGAUUAUGAAAUUCUUAGCCUUAAUAUAGUUUUUAUCAGAAAUGUGUGCACAGGUGAAUAUACUAUCAGCCCACUUCAUACCAAAGGAGUAAUCUUCCAUUUUUUCUAAAAUACCCCAUCUAUUUCUAAGAAAAAACUUGAAGAAACAAAUGUGUGAACGAAAGUUGACAAACUUUUCUUUGAUCUUUUUAUAGAGAAAAGCAAAUAUUACACUGAGAAAACAGAAUGUGGGCAUCUAUCAUCUUACAGCACAGAACUGCUGCAUAUGACAGUGCUUAAAGGAAAAAGCUGACACAAAUCCAACUUAGUAAGAGAUGCCAUUUUUUUCUAAUAAAUUAUAUUUAUUUACAAAAGGUCUACUUUUAUGUAAUUGAUGUUCUUUACAUCAGAACAAUAUAUGAACAUAAGAGAAAAUCUGGUAAUUAUAAACACAAAGUAGAAACCUUGUUCCCCCUAUUACUCACCUUUCAGAACAAGUCGUCAGUUUAGUUGCAGAGGUAGGCAAGAGAUCAACACCUACCAAAAAAGUUUGCAGGCAGGACCAAAAAAAAAAAGAUAUUUCUGAAUACCACAUUUAGAUACCCCCAAAGAACAGCAUAAAAGAAGGGCAUCAAGAAAUGGCUUAGUUUGAAUCUGAUGUGAGAUUAGGCAGCCACUUUCAUAGUCUGAAUGAAAACUGGAGCGAGGUUAGCCAGUUCCCGUGAAAUGCAAACAUCAACCUUAAACCUAGGACAAAUUACCAUCAAAUUAAUAGUCAAUUACCAGUCACUAACAAUGAGGUGGCCUUGAACGAGAUCAUAUUGAAUCGUAAGAGCAGUUUUUAUACAGCAAGUUCAAAAAGCACAGAAAAUCUGCAGUUAAGGAACUUAAGCCAGGUAGAGAGAAACCAAGUAAUGUUUGGAGGGUUAGGGGGGAGUGUGUGGGUAACUGGAGCAAAAUCUGCUCACUUCUCACCUCACCUGUAAGUUAGCUCCAAGAACACUGAAGUGCAUGCCCUGUCACCAUUAUUCACCCCUUCUCAGAAGUUAAAAUAGGAAUUUUUUUUGUCCAUUAGGGCCUUUAGAUCAACUCUUAUCUAGCUAAAUGUUAGCUCCUCAAAAGUUACUACUUUUAAACUACUACUGUGGUAAUCGUAGUAUGAAUAUGAUAUGAAAGAAGGUAUGUUUCAAAUCAUCACAAGGGAUUGCCUUUCCUACUUAAAACCACGUGAAAGUUUCAUGUUUUCACGUAACAAGCUUUUGGACAUUUCUGAAGUAACAGUUAAGAUUGAGGUACAGUCACUAGAACUUAUCUUUAGUGUACUUCAAUUAGUUUGGGGUUUAGUAUGGUUUAUUGCAACGAUGCUUUUUCAAGCCCUUUAACAGAUGACGAGUACCAUGGAUGCUGGGUGAGUACGUCUGUCAACUAAGAUUUUACAUUCACUCAGUAAAUGCCUACUAUGUAUGUACCAGGCACUGUUCUAACUCACAGGAUAAAACAGUGAGUGAAACAGAAAUCCCUGCCCCCAAGGAAUCUGACCAUCAUUUACAUCAAAACAAUUGAAAAACUUAAGAGCAAGGUAAGAAAUUAACAAGGAAGGUAAGAAUUUAUUAGACUGCUAUAUGCCAUUACUAGAACCAUAGCAUGAGAUUUAGAACACAGUUCCAUGAAAAUUACUCAUGACGUUAUUUUUUUUCCUUUAUGUAAAAUGAGUCGUAGAAAAUGUAAAAGAAAAUUCUACCUAGUAUUGAGAGAAAUCCCCAAGGGAAUAGAAAAAGUCUGACUUCAGGUAUAAGGAAUUAACGUGCUUUGCCUCAUUUUGCUUUCAGAAAUGCUUAUUUAGUUCUUUGGCUUUGUGAUUUACAUUUAAAUUACAUAAUAUACUUAAAUACCCUAUAAACUCUUAAAAAAAGCAUUCAUUACUCUUCCCUGGGUACUCUGAUUAGAAACAGCUCUCUCUUAAAUAGUAUCCAAGUUUUUUUUGUUUUUUUUUUAAGUAUCCAAGUUUUAAAUGUAAAUCCUUAAAUAAAGAAGCUACCCCUUUCUGGAUGCAAAAAUAAAAGUGGCUGCCUAGUCAGCACUCAGGUGACCAUUAACAUGCGAAGAAAACCAGGAUCAUCUAGGCAAAUGCUUCUUAACACAAGAUGCAGGCCCUUUGGUAACCGAAUGAAAACUAUGGACCAUCCUUCCAGAAAAAUGUACACAGAUAUUUCAAGAAGCUUUACAGUCUUAAUGCUGUGAAUUAAGACUGCUUUACUCUAGGCCAAUCCCUUUCAUUUUAUAGCUGGAUAAUAUGGGGCCCAAUUAGCAAAAAUUAAAAGAUGAAAUAGCUGUGAUACUUUGAUCAUUUUCAAAUUUACUGGGCAUAAAAAGUAUUACUCCCAAGGCAUAAAAAGUAUUUUUAUUGUUGAAAACCAUGAAUCUAUAUGCUGAAGCUCCUUUGGGUAAUGAUAAUGAAAUGCCGUCACUGUGUUAAAAAAAAAAUGUUGGGACCAUUGCUUUUAUUUAGAAGUAUUACGUUGUUUAAAUACAGUUGGGAAAGGUGCAAAGAGUUCUUUAUACUUCAUUAACUUUUCAUACAAAUUCAAUUUUCCCACACAGGAAUUAUGUACUGGGAGGAAUAAAAACAUCAAAUAUUUGAGGUUCUGGAUUUUGACUAUUAAGCAUGAUAUUAUUAAAUGUAUUAGUGAAUUUAAUCUAAGAGUUCAUUAACAUUAAUGAUUGAUAGUGAGGGAAGAUAAGCCCUUAACAUUUACCUGAAAGUCUGAGGCUUAACUGAAAAGCAGAAAUUCCCCUUAUCUGAAUAUAAACAAUACUUUCCUAUUUGAACACAUUUUUAACAUAUCUGUUCAACUCUAACCAAUAUUCCAAGACAUUUCAACUUUUACCAGACUGACGAUUUAGAAACCUAAUCAAAUGGAUUAAAAAUAUUCACACACAACUGUUUUAAAACAAUCUUCCCAUUGCCUGUACCUUCAGGCCAUAGUAUCUUUCUGGCAACUAAGUAUCAUUUGAUGGGAUCACUAAGGAAUUAGAGUCACUUCAAUUACAUGUUUUAUAACAAGGAUGUUGUAUUUUGCCUUAGAAUUUAUCAGUUUCGCUUUUAGGUCAAAUAGUUUUCAUGGAUUAACUAUAAGGAAACUUGAAUUUGUAUUGUCUUGUAGGGAUCUGAGGUUGUGAUAAGACAGUAUCUCUAUAAGAAAUAAGAAAUCUAAUUUGAGGACAUGCUAAACCACAUCAAUAGCUUUUUAUUUAAAUAGAAAAAUCAAAACUUUAAAGUUGUACUUAAAAAAAUCAUCAUUCAUGGAAGUAAUUAAAAGUUUUAGAUUCUACAUUCUCUUGUGAAACAUCACUAGUAUUUCUGCCAAUAUCAUAUGCAGAUUUUACUCUGACUUCCAUGUCAAGUGUCUGACAUGAUUAGCAAUAUUAACUAUCAUUACGAAGGGACCUCUGAAAAUUAAGUCUAGGCAACUUGCCUGUUGCCAAAGCUGUUGUUAUAUGUUUUGGUUCUAAUAUACAAUAGGAGACUAACCUCAAGCAAGCAAUUGGUUACUUCACAUUUUCUAAAGAUAGUCACUCUCACUUUCUACAAAGUCAUGUCAUAUUUCACAACAGAAAAAUGACUUGGCAGCGAGAAAAGUUCAGGGCCCCCUCCCUGCCCUGCCCACCAACCUGCCUUGAGCCUUUCAAUAGUGGAUGCUAGAUUAAUUGAAACAAAGCGGGCAGGGAUGGAAAAAGAGUCAUCCUGGUCAGUCCCACUUUCAAAUUAGGAUGGUGAAGGAAAAAUAAACUUUUUGUUCUUCUGAAUCCCAACCUGAAACAGGAUUGCCCAAAGUGUCCAAAAUAAAAAAAUACCUAAGAUAAUACCAAAGACUAUGUGCUAUAAUUUACUUAUUUACUUAAAAAAAUCUCCUGCACUGAAGGAAAAUAGUAUAAAUUACAUUACCAACCUUCAAAAGUUAGCAUGUAAAGAGUAUUCUAAACUUCAAACCAUUGCCUUUCUUAGAGUAUUCUGUAGGAAAUUCACAGAUCAAAAACAAAUACAGGGGUCUCAAAUGCACUGAUUUAUAAUAUUCUUAAAUAUUAAAAAAGGAAAGUAACUUAGCUGUGUGGGUUAGCUAAAGCAAAAUUUCAGGGAUUUUAGUAUCUUAACCCUUAAAGGAUCAUACAAUUUUUUACAGCUGAGCAGUUUAAGUAGAAAUAAAUACUAGUACACACUAGAAGAGAAGAUUUAAUAAUUGAUAAAAAUGUACAAAAAUAUUCAAAUCAGAAAUGCUUCAGAAUGUGUACCACGAAGUCAGUACUUCUCAGUGAGGAGGGAAGGUAAAAGACUUCCUCAAUGAAAAAAAGCAAGAGAAAGAUCGGAUUUAAAAAAAAAAAAAGACAA